CAAGACUGUCUCUGAAAUGUACGAGGUAUCUUCAGAGCUGAAUUUCUCAGCUAGCCGCAUGUGUGUGUAUCUCGUAUCUUCUCCCUUUGUAGGUCCAGAAUAUGUCGCAAAACGACUCAAUUGUCAACGUCCUCGUGUUCCGCGCGUACCACUGUGAAUCCCAUGGCGUUCAGCCUCUGUCCAUAAGAGUCAGCCUAUUCCUCUAGUUCACUCAUUCCCUGAGAAUCUGAUAUUCACACCAUGGCCACCAAACAUGAGGCGACAGCUACGGUCGCUGAGAUCGAAGACCCAACAUUUUUCGAACAGGAGCACGACAUUGAGAUGGAGGAGCAAGAAACCGACGAGUUACUAGAAGAGAAGGAGCAGCUGGACGAGGAAGGCGCAGAGGCUCCCACUCCAGCGAAGAGGCCUUCGAAGUUGCUGUUCUGGAUCGGGGUCAAUAUCAUCGCCACGACAUCUAUCGUCUUCAUCAACAAGUCCAUCUUUGACGACCCGGCCUUCCGCAGUGCUCAAGUCUCUUUCGCGACGUUCCACUUCCUAGUCACAUUUGCGACUCUCCACACCGUGUCUUCUUCUAAAUUCGCCUUCUUCGAGAGAAAGCGAGCGGCGCUUCGCGACAUCCUGCCCCUGGCCGCCGCAAUGUGCCUGAACGUCAUUUUGCCAAACCUCUCCCUGGCUUACUCGUCUAUCACCUUCUAUCAGACCGCUCGAGUGCUCCUGACACCUAUCACUGCAUUCUUGAACUACGUCCUAUAUCGGAAAACCAUUCCAAGACAGGCUGUAUGUGCUCUGCUCCCUGUCUGCGCUGGUGUUGCCAUGGUCACGUACUUUGAUGUCAGACCUGGUGCAACAACCAAAGAAACCAGCUUUUAUGGCGUCGUGUUCGCUUUGAGCGGCGUACUCAUGAGCGGUAUCUACACCUGUUGGAUUGGUCACUACCACCAGAAGCUUCAGAUGUCAAGUUUGCAACUAUUGCACAACCAAUCACUACUUGGAGGAGUUCUACUCAUCUACCUAAUUCCUUUCGUCGAUACACUGCCAGUGUUCAGCGAAGUCUCACUUCAUCGGUGGAUCAUGAUUAUGCUGAGCGGCCUCUGCGCGUGUCUCCUCAAUCUGUCUCAGUUCGCCAUCAUCGCUGGAGCCGGACCAGUAGCCAGUACUGUCGUAGGCCACUCGAAAACUGUAACGAUCGUCACCUUGGGCUGGAUUUGGAGUGGUAGUGUCAUCAGCGGCUACAGUAUUCUUGGUGUCGUGGUAGCAAUUGGCGGCGUGAUACUGUACUCAACUGCAACCAUGUAUAAGAAAUGAGACACUGUAUUCAUCUCCUUGACGAUGUCAUCCUCAAGAGCAGGCUGUCAAGAUGCACAUUACAAAUGAAAUCCCAUCAUACUGAGAGACCAAAACCCGCGAUUCUACGCCAGAGACGACACUCUACUCCUCCCGACCUCCAUCACAAGCUCAAGUUCUGGC